GCUGCAACAUCGUUGAAGGUUACUUUGACGACAGUUGCUUUCACAAGCCUCAUUGACCAUCAGUUCUGAGAACAUAGUUUCAUCUCUGCUUCUUUGAUUGUCACACGACAAUAUAUCAAGUUGAUUCUUCGAUCCAAACUGCCCAAGGUGCUGGGCCAUUGAUGGAGGGGUGCUGAGGGUGUGGUGAGAAGGCAGUGGAGUGAAACUCGCUGGGCUGCCUACGGUCAUUCAACACCAAGGCGCUCAGGAUGAGCCUCACAGUGCUCUGCGGCCCUUAUCUUUGACCAUGCCUUUCUCCUUUGAUCGAUUAUCUCAGCCUCCAGAGCAGGAAAGGGUUGUCAAGUCGGCUUUUGACAGCGAAACAUUUGAUGCAGUUGGCACAAUUCAUGUGGAUGGCCUGGUAGGCUCGGCAACCAUCUCGCCGUCGGGGCGAGAUGUGGCCCUUGCAUCACCCAAAGGCCUCACCAUCAUUGAUCUCGAUUCUCCAUGGAGCCCUCCUCGUCGGCUGAGUAGCCACGGUCUGCCAUGGCUUGUGGUUGACGUCCAGUGGUCUCCCUUUGCCGCUCGCGAAUUCUGGGUUGCGUCAACAGCAAAUCACCGAUGUCUGGUCUGGAACCUGAACAAGCGCGAUGACUCGGCGUCUGGGGCCGUUGAACAUUCCCUCCAAGCCCACAGCAGAGCCAUCACCGAUAUCAACUUUUCUGCCCAUCAUCCCGAUUCUCUUGCGACGUGUGCCGUGGAUGGCUAUGUUCACUGUUGGGACUUGCGGAGACCCAGAUCUCCUGCCUUGACGUUUUGUGACUGGUUUGCUGGUGCGACACAGGUCAAGUACAGUCGUCAGGAUCCCAACGUCCUCGCUUCCGCCCACGACCGCUAUCUUCAUAUUUGGGACCAAAGAAAGACUGCGGAACCCUUGACAACCAUUAUCGCACAUACUUCCAAGAUUUAUGGUAUUGAUUGGAACCGUACCAAACCGACCUGCAUAGUCACUUGCUCACUGGAUAAGAGCAUCAAGUUUUGGGACUACGCCGAUGAGGACGACGCGCUCCAGAGAGUCGUUCGCACUGACUUUCCAGUAUGGCGGGCACGUCACACUCCUUUUGGCUCCGGAUUGUUGGCUAUGCCACAGAAUGAACCAGGCAAUCUAUAUCUAUACGACCGACGCCCGAAGCCCACAGAUCCGGUUGACGGUGUCGUUGAACCUGUUUAUGUCUUCCCUGGUCAUGGCAAUCACAAAGUCAAGGAGUUCCUUUGGCGAAGUCGAGGAAGCGUGAACGAUGGGAUCGAUGACCGCGAGUUUCAGCUCGUUUCAUGGGGGGAGGACAAUGAGCUGCGGCUUCAAAAGGUCGAGGCGCCGAUUUUGAAGUCCGCCGGCUAUGAACGGGGGACCCCUUUGAUGGAGAACCUCAUUCUCACUCGGAAGGGCGCGACUUACAAAACAUUCCGUACACUUGACGACGCCAAUCAGCAAGAUCGCAGGACCCCCACGAUGAGCCACCCUCGCCCGGGAACGCGCAGCCGCUUCCGCCCAAAUGCCCUGAGCAUGGGUUUACAUACCCGUGCUCGUCUGAUCGGUCCUUCGUGGAGGGCUACAUCCAUGAAGACCAAGUCAAACUCGAGGAAGACUGUGGACAAGAGUCAGCUUCAAAUCGGCUGGAUGAGAGGCAUCACAAUAUCAAAGAGAAAAUCCGGCUCAGAAAUGAGACCAGACUCUCCAGAUUCCAGAAUGUUUGGCCACGCAUUUGACAGUGAGUGGUGGGAGCCCGAAACGAUACAGGAUGAGUUUCUCCGGAUCAGUAGUCGGCUGCCAAACGUGGAAUGGGAAAAUAUCGACAUGGACUCUCUGACGCUGAAGGCUUCCCUGAAAGGGCCAUGGGGCGUGGAUGAGGCGACCAUCUUCAUCAAGGUCAAAGUUGACAUUCCGCCCAGUUAUCCCGAGAGCAAAGCGCCGAGGUUUUACAUUGAAAAGUCAUCGUUCAUGCCCGAGGAGACCCACAAGAAGCUUCAACAUGAUCUUCAGGAACUCUCCAUCCGCUUCUUGGAAAGAAAGGAAAACUGUCUCUUUGUUGCCUUCACGUAUCUACUGGGCGAGGUUGACCUUGAGACCAGCACAACAUACUUCAAGAAUGUUCGGGAUCUGGACGACAUGGAUGGCUUGGCUGAUGAGAGCUCUAGUGAUGACGACGAGAGUGGCAUUCCUGCCGGUGGCUCUGCGUCCAUGUCACAAGAGCUCAGUAGCAGUACUGAAUUAGAUCCUACAACACUAGCCCCAGUCAAACGCCCUAAUUUGCCCCCGCCACCGAGACUAUGUGGUGCGAGAUUUUUCAGUAAUGGGGAACUGGUUUGCUUCUUUCCCACCAAGGAAGAGAGCCAAAACGCAUUGUUCACUAUGGUUGCCCCAGAUGUCUCUAGUAACAAGCAGAAAGAGGAGCCCGCGUUUGACACCUUUGGACAGCUUUCACAGGACUCAUCGGCGCCCAUACAUCUAUUCAACGACGAGACAUCGGCAACUGAUGACCAGUCGGAAUAUUCUGAUGGCACAGAGUCAACGUCAACGACAGACUCGGAGCCAACAACAGUGCACAGGCUCCGUCUCUGGCAUCAGCCUGGGAGAUACUUCCGCAAGCCCCUCAGCACCAACGAUUCGGUGCGGUCCAGCGGAGGUGGUACCGGCACUGGGACUGGAACCGGCACAGGAACCAGUCGGAGAAGACCAGGCAAGCCGAAAAACGUUGUUUCAAUUCACGACUUCCGAGCCUACCUACCAUCCAAGAGAGAGUUCGCCGAGGAGUAUGCCAUCUUUGGUGACGGUACUGAGGUGUGUAAUCACAACGCUGCGGUGGCAGCCAAGUAUGGCUACUUGGACCUGGCCACCAUCUGGAAAUAUGCCGCUCUUCUACUGCGAAGAGAUGUUCCGCUCGAGGUCCAGUACAGCAGAGAAAAGUCUGUAUUGGUUAUCGCCAGAGAAUCUGUGUCUCGCUCCAAUCGGAAAAAAGAGGCCGGUUUAGCCGGUCGUGUGAAAUGGGGUUGUCAUCCACUCGCUCGCGACUUGAUCGACCGUCUGUUCGACUAUUUUGAGAAGAUAGCUGAUAUCCAGAUGCUGGCUAUGCUUGCUUGCAUCUUCGGAGACUCAUUUGAGGAAGAUGGAGUGGCAUACGCCGAAUCUCGCCUGACCCAGCCGGAAACACCUCUUGCUAUGAAGGCGCCAUCAUUUUCGCUGGAAUAUUUCCCUACACAUCCUGAUUAUUGGAGUAUGAAAUACAGAAGCCGGGGAAGCUCGGCUGCUGGGACUUCCAGAAUAGCGAACACACCUGCCGGCCACAGGGGCUCUCGGGCGUCAGAAGACGCAACGGUGCUGGCUGGAUUUGGCACUCAAUCAUACUCCCGCGGAGAAAAACCACCCAAGCUCACGCCCGGUCAUGCUCGAGAAGCUCGACAGACACAAAGUCUGUCCACCUCUCCCAACACCCGAUCCUUUUACAAGCCCAACUCGACAGUUGCCUCAAUUGCUGCCAGUUUGCCACGGACGCUUGCCGGCAUAGUAUCUGCCUCGCCGCCUGAUCCUCCUGCACGAAAGCGACUUAGUCCUGCGGAGACCAUCCUCAGCAACUUCGCACCUAGUGUUAUCACUUGGGGUCGCUCAACCGUGUUUGGUGCUAAGGCCGCAGCUCCAAAAACAGCUCGUGGGACAGCCCGCACAUCUCUAUCCAAUGAUGGCCGGGUAAAACGUACUUUCUACUCUAUGGUUCCCAUAGCUGUAUCAUGCGUUCCAGAGGAUCAAGGGCUCUUUGACGAUGAUGGCUGGAUGUCAACUUCUCUCAUCGAACCCCAGCGUAGAGAGCUCUACACUCACUACCGCUAUUCAUAUGCCGAAUUGCUCCAGACGUGGGGUCAAUCUCUGUCUCGUCUUGAGAUCCUCAAGUUUAAUGUUCUCAAAGACGAACGCCUCUAUAACAAUAACAACAACUGGAACAGCAACGACUCCGACUGCACCGACCUUGAUCCUACUCCCCGCGGCUCACAGCACUACCCAACCGGUGCCUCCUCGCCCGUGAUGGGCUUCGGUGGCCGCCGCGAGCUAUUCCAAAACCUCCUGGCAACAGGACGCGGUUUGGAUGUGACUGGCCUCUGCCGCAUCCACGAAAUCCAACUCGACCCUGUGGAAUAUCACCGCCCCGCCAACGGGCACGUCGGUGGAGCAGUGGGCAUCUGCCCUCGUUGCUUCCCCGAAAGCGCCUACGGCAGUAAGAUCCCACAAACUCAGCUCCGCUGCGUCUACUGCCUCGAGCCCGUCACCUCUUUGUAUUCUCCCUGCCUAUCCUGCGGCUGCGUCUCCCACGCCCCCUGCCGGGUAGACUGGCACGCCAUGGGCGAAACCGAAUGCCCGGCCGGCGACGAGUGCAACUGCGUAGAGGACGCCUUCAACGGCCAAGUUGAGUCGUGGAGUGCGCUCCAAGCAGCGAUAUCCCAUUUCCCUCCCGUCCCCUCACCCGUUUCCUCCCCGCCCCAAGCCCACCCCCCCACUCGUGUGAUGACAACCUCAGAGAGAACCAUCGCCUCCCUCAAGAAAGCCGUCGGGGUAGGUAGCAGCAGCAGCGCGUCACUCCCUGCCCGCUCCCGACGUAAAUCCGCACCGACAGAACUGUCAAAAUUCCAACUCGAAACCGGGAUCCCCCCCCCUUCUCAACCCCUACCGCCGGGUAGACCUAACCUGAGGAGAAUGCAAACCAACACCGGGUCAUCCUACGCGCAGAAUUCAGAAGAUGAGACGUCUUACCCCUCCCCGACGCAUUUAGACAGGGAAAGCGGCAACGACUGGGAGCACAUUGUCUCUAUCCCGUCAGUCACCAUCACGAGGGCAAGCAACAAUGGGAGUAGCGGCGGGAGCAGUGUUGCGAGCACGGCAACGACGGGGAGUGGGUUUUUGGCGGGGGCGAUGAAUAUGGGAUACAGUAUGGGAUUUGGGGGUUAUGGGAGCAAGCCGCCUGUGCAGGGGGAUGAGCCGAUCAGUGCGGCGAGGUUGAGUCUGGGGAAUCGGCUGAUGAGGAGUUUGCAUGGGUCGAGUUCGAGUGUGCGGGGUGGUGGUGGUGAGGUGAGAGAUGGCGGGAGUGUGAGAUCACAACAACAGCAGCAGCAGCAGCAGCAGCAGCAGCAGGGGGAGGAAGGGGGUAGUGGUAUUAGUGCUUUUGCGAGGAGGAAGAGUGGGAGUGUGAUUUGGAAGAACUCCUGA